CCUCAGUCCACCACUGGGAGACCAGCGACACAUAUUUCCCUCACACACACACACACACACACACACACAGAGAGAGAGACACACACACACACACACAGAGGGAGACACACACACACACACACACACGCAUGCACACACUCAGGGACGCGUGGCAGGGAUUCUUCUAAGAAAAACAAAAACAAACAACAACAAAACAAAAAACACGAGACGAGGAAAACAAACGUGUCGACGACGACGACGACGACGACGACCGGAGGACAGGGCCGGACGCUCGCCAUGGCCACCCUGGUCAUCGUCAACGACUCCUUCGGCAACGUGUCCAUCUACAACGAGGUGAUGUACGACGACGACGACCCGGCCUCCUGCCACCACGUGGUGCCGCCCGCCCACCAGCGCCGGCUCAUCCCGGCCGUCUUCGCCCUCAUCUUCCUCUUCGGCGCCGUGGGCAACAGCCUGGUGCUGCUGGUCCUGUGCCGGCGCGGACCCGGCCGGCGCACGGUGGCCAGCACGUACAUGGUGAACCUGGCGCUGUCCGACCUGCUCUUCCUGCUCUGCCUGCCCUUCUGGGCGGUCCAGUACGCGCUGGACUACCACUGGCCGUUCGGCGCCGUCAUGUGCAAGGCGUGCAGCGCGGCGCUCACGCUCAACCUGUACGCCAGCAUCUUCUUCAUCACCUGCAUGAGCGCCGACCGCUACCUGGCCAUCGUGCAGCCGCUGCGCUCGCAGAGCUGCCGGCGCCUGUGCCGCGCGCGGGUGGUCAGCGGAGUCGCCUGGCUGCUGGCCGGCUGCGCCACCGUUCCCGCCCUGGCGCUGCGCGACACCGUGCACCUCGGGCAGGACGUGACCGCCUGCGUCUUGCGCUACCCCAGCGACGGCUGGGUGACCGGCCUGGCGCUCAGCAAGACCGUGGUGGGCUUCCUGCUGCCGCUGGUGGUCAUCGUCACCUGCUACUGCGGCAUAGGGCGCCACCUGCUGGCCGCCACGACGACGACCGGCGGGACGGGCGCAGUCGCCGACGCCCGCGGCGACCCGGACAAGGCGUCGUCCGGCGGCGGAGGUGGGCACUCGUCGGGGGGCGCCAACAACGUGGACCACGUGCUGCGGAUGGUGGUGGCGGUGGUGCUGGCCUUCUUCCUGUGCUGGUUCCCCUUCCACACCGUCACGCUGCUGGACGUGCUGCACCACCAGGGGGCGCUGAGGGGCUGCUGGGUGCGGCGCGCCGUGGAGACGCUGCUGCCCUUCACCAUCUGCCUGGGCUUCUCCAACAGCGCCGUCAACCCCUUCCUCUACUGCUUCGUGGGCAACCACUUCCGCGAGCAGCUCGGCGGGCGCUGGGGCAGCCGCUGGGGGAGCAAGGAGAGUGAAGCGAAGGCGCCCGCUCGCUGUCCCCUCCACAGCCAUCGAUUCUGCGCCUGCUAA